AUGAAUUGCGCAAAAAUACUAUCAUUUCUUGUUGUUUUAUUUAUUUGCACCAUAAAAUCACGGAGAUUUCGAAGAAUUUGUGAGGAGCAAGGAACAUGCAUCAAUUGUUCUGAUAAUCGAUAUUCAUAUUACAAAUGUAAUGCUUCACAUGAUUGCUUCACGGAUGAGAAUUGUACCGAACAAAGUUUCUGUUGUCCGACAAGUGAAUUUAACAGAAUAGUAUUACCGUUAUCUAAUAAUGAUUUUGAAUUUAUUGGCGUUCCAGCUCUCAAAUAUGAAUCUGAAAAGUCAGGAAUGUGUCCGGAUGGAACUCCAUGGCAUCAACAAUGUAGUAAUGAUAAGGAUUGCAUGAUUAAUGAUGAAAUUUGCGUAAUGGGGAAAUGUUGCACAGUAUGUUCGCAGCAUCGACGUCAAGUAUUGAACGAUUUACCAACCAAUAAUGUUAUCGGUGUCCAUAUUCCGCAGUGUGAUUCAACCGGAAAAUAUUAUCGUGCGGUACAAUGUCGUAUCGGAACUGAAGAAUGUUGGUGUGUUUCACGAUUUGGUCGAAUUAUUGGCUCAUUGAAACCAAAAACAGUAAAUUUGAAUGCAGCAUGUAAAGCAUUACGAUUAACUGUGAAGCGUAUUUUGGAUGAAAAACGUGAUCAAAUUGAAGUACGUCGAAAACCGGAAAAUUUAACAACCACAAAACAAGAAAGUCAAUCAUUCGUUAUACUGUCUAAAGGACAAAGUUCAGAACGAAUUAGUGAUAAAUGUUUAUGGAUGAAAAGUGGACAAUGUCCGGAACAACCGAUACCUCUUACUGGUACAUCGAAAUUUUGCUACUGUGAUAGUGAUUGUUCGGAUUCACAAAAAUGUUGUCCGGUUUUAACUGGUGGAUUGGCAUGUUUCUUGAAUGUUACAGUUAAUAAUGAUCAAUUUUCAACCACAGCGCACUCUUCACUAUCAAAUUCAACAACGAUGAAAGAAAUAUGUGCCGAAAAUGAGCAAUUUGUUGAAUGUAUUGAUGAGUGUCAACCGGCUUGCUUUUCAAGAAAACCGAUUCCAUGUUUCAUUAAACGAUGUAAGAGUGGAUGUCAGUGCAAAUCAGGUUUCAUUCGUCAACUAAGCGACCAACAUGCGCCAUGCAUCCCGGAGAAUGAAUGUCCUCAACAAGUUACUGAAAUAGAAAGACGUUGCAUCGAUCCUUUACGUGAAUAUCGAAUUUGUGGCCCAGUUUGCCCAAUUUCUUGCACUUCUAAAAAGGAAAAAUGCAAAACUGAAGGAUGUGUAAAGGGAUGUUUUUGUAAAGUUCCAUAUAUUCUCGAGAAUGGUGCCGAUCCAAUUCGUUCCAGAUGCAUUCUGCCUAUAUACUGUCCUCCAUUAAUUGAAGACAAUUAUCCAGUCAGUGCUACCAUUUAUUUUGCACCAAUGACACCUAUGACCCUCAAUCCUAAUUUAUUUCGUGGACAUGGCGAGGAUUCCAUUACUCAAUCCACUGUAAUGCAAUGCAACGAUCCAUUAAAGAAUUUCCAGAUUUGCGGUUCUGCUUGUCCAGUUGGUUGCAACAAUCAAAUUGCUGGUUUCUGUGGUAUUCAAUGUAUUCCCGGAUGUUUUUGUCGUAAUCCAUACAUUCUACAAGAUGCUUAUAAUUUAAAUUCACAAUGUAUAUUACCGCAUCAGUGUCAAUCAUCAACAAUUCAACAGCAUAUUUGUUCUGAUCCUCGCAAAGAAUGGACACAUUGUUUUUCAUAUGAAUGCGCACGUAGUUGUUCAAAUCCGGAAGCAAAGUGUACAUCAAGUGAUUGUACUCCUGGUUGCGCCUGUCGUGAACCAUAUCUCUUGUCCGAUUCACGUAAUCCUAAUUCACGUUGCGUACUUCCCAGUGAAUGUGGUUCGCAGUGCUCCGAUCCACUGAAGGAAUAUCAGGCUUGUGCUUCAUCAUGUCCAGUAGGCUGCAAUAAUCCAUUACCACAAACUUGUUCACCAUGCGUCUCCGGAUGUUUCUGCAAAUCAGGAUUUGUAUUUGAAGAUGCUAUAAAUUGGCGUACUUCUAAAUGCACACCCUUUAAUCAAUGUCCAACAACCAAUAUUUCUGCUUUAUUAAUAGCAUUUAAUCCGCAAGACAAUAAUAAUUCAGCCAACAUGACGGAAUGUCCUGCGACAACAGUCGAUUUAAGUGGGAAAUUUUGUAAUUUUGAUUCUGAUUGUCCAGUGCAACAGCGUUGCUGUCGUUCAAAUCUAUUUGCAAUGAUCAGUUCGAAGCGAUCACGUUGCACGUGUAUUGAUCCACAUGCAUAUUGGGACUCUUGUGGUAUUCUAUGUCCGGAAUAUUGUGGACAACCUGCAACACCGGUAUGUUCAUCAACCUGUAAUCCUGGUUGUCAUUGCGCAUCCGGUUAUGUGAAAGCACGAAAUCAUGUAAUGGCUCCAUGUGUACUACGAACACAAUGCUUGCAAUUAAAAAAGUAUGAUGAUACCGCGCAAGAUAGCAAACGUACAACUAAGGCAUAUAAGGUCUGGAAAGAAAUAGCAACUGCUAAAAUAUUAAGCGAUGGGAAUAAAAUUAUUGGUGAUGUGAAAAUUAAAGAGAUUAACAAAGAAAGAAUCAAGCUAGAAGGUGCAAUCGAAGGUAAAAAAAAUACUUGUCAAAAAUUUUAA